AGCAGAUCUAGCACUUGAUUUUCACUCCAACGGAUUGUGGCAGUGUCUGGAUGGAAGUCUCGACGGCCACAACCUGUGCAUCGACAACAAGAGCUUGAACCGGUUCCGUGUCUCUAAUUUAUAAAAUAGUAUUAUUCAUAUACUAUCGCUUGUUUUUUUGUGUGCCAAUUUUACCAAUCCUGGCCCCCAUCCACCAUGAAUACCCUAUGUCAUGUGGUGGUUUUACUGGUGAUCGGACUGGCUUCAAUGGGUCGGGCCGAAGAUGAUUUCGGUCUGUCCGUGAAAACCUACACCAAAGAGAACUUCAAAGAUGAGCUGGCCAAAGCCAAUCAUUUCAUCAUGUUCUACGCUCCAUGGUGCGGGCAUUGCAAGCGACUUCAUCCCGCUUGGGAGGAUUUAGCUAAAAAGUACAACGAGAAGCCCGAGGAGGAGCGCGAUGUGGUCAUUGCCAAAGUGGAUUGCACUACCGACACUGAAGUCUGCUCAGGUCAAGACGUGACGGGUUAUCCCACUCUCAAGUUCUUUAAGAAGGGUGAAGCCGAGGCUGAGAAAUACCGAGGACAGCGGUCCUUGAAUGAUUUGGCUAAAUAUGUCAACAAGCAGAUGGGUCUGGAAGUGGAAGAGGAAGCCGUCACCGAACCCGAGAUUGCUGUGGCCGAUAAGGGCCUUUACGUCCUUGGCGAGAAGUCGUUUGCUAACCAUAUCAAGGCUGGAAAUCACUUUAUUAAGUUCUACGCUCCCUGGUGUGGACAUUGCCAGAAAUUGGCUCCCACCUGGGACGAACUGGCCGAGACCUUCGCGGAUGGAACCGUGGCCAAGAUUGCCAAAGUGGAUUGUACUCAAGCUCAAUCACUCUGCCAAGAACACGAGAUCAAGGGAUAUCCCACUCUCGCUUGGUUCAAGAACGGAAAGAAGACCGAAGUUUAUCGUGGUGCCAGAACUCUGGACGAACUUUCUGACUUUGUGAAGACUAGUGCUGAAACCAAGGACCAACCCGAAGCCGACAAAGUCCCUACAGAAUCCGGCGAGACCGGACCCGUGGUCCUUCUUACCAUCGACAACUUUGCCAAAGAAAUCGAAUCUGGCGUGACUUUCGUGAAGUAUUUUGCUCCAUGGUGUGGCCAUUGCAAACGGUUAGCUCCAACGUGGGACGAGUUGGCCAAGAAGUACGAAGGCAAGGCUGGAAUCAAGGUGGCCAAAGUGGAUUGCACCUCCAACGACAACCAAAACAAGGAGCUCUGCAAUGACCAAGGGGUAAAUGGAUUUCCCACUUUGAUUAUUCACAAGGAUGGCCAGAAAGUGGCUGAAUACAGUGGCAAACGCGAGCUCGCCGACCUGGAAAAAUUCGUUAAUCAGCACUACACUGCCAAAGACGAACUCUAGGUCCAUCAUUCAAGGUCCCAAUCGUUGGCACGUUUGUCCUCAGGAGAAAAAGAAGACUCUCUAUCGAACUUCUUUCCUUCCCGCCCCCCUUUUAAGGUGGCGACUGUGUUCGUCGAAAUUCUUUUCGUAUUUUAGCGAGUUUCCAAUUUUCCUUUUUUCCGGAGAUCUCUUCCAACUUUCAGAAUUAAUGAUUCAGCCGGUGGAUGUUUGAUCAGACCUUGAACACCUUCGUCAAAUCCUCUGUGAAGUAGUUUCAUGCAAAAUUUUAAUCACCACCUUGCCGAAUUCCCAAUUUCAGAACUGUAAUUGCUCAAAAGCGACGCAAAAAAACCGACAUGAAGAUCAUUAUCAUUUUUUUGGCUCGAUCGAUCGAGUAUUCAUCUUGUGGACAUUGCCCUCUUCUUUAGUAUGUUCCGCUCCUCCUACACUUCUUUUUCUUCCUUAUCCUCGUCCUUUAGAAUCAUGCCAUUCAAUAAUCAGCAUCUCCGGCCUCAUUGUUUAGAAAUAUACUUUUUUACCCAAACAAA